UAUAUAUAAAACUGCCCAAACAUCCUAGCAAACCCUAGAAAAUAAAUCCAGCUUCUCUCUAGCCUCUACCGAGCUCCAAUACCAUAUCUGAUCGAUUCUACUUCUGCAGAUGGGAAAGAAGAAGCCCGAUGAUUCUGGUACAGCACCGAAGGGCAAACCCAGCAAGGACUCUUCCUCCGGCAAAGAUGGUAAGAAAGAGAAGUUCUCCGUCUCCGCCAUGCUUGCCAGCAUGGACCAGAAAUCCGAUAAGCCCAAGAAACCCUCUUCCUCGGCUGCCAAGCCCAAGGCAAAAGCAGCUCAUAAGCUCCCCUCUUACACCGACGGCAUCGAUCUGCCUCCCUCUGAUGACGAAGACGAAGAUGUACCCGACUAUGGCUCCGGCGAAGAGGACUCCAAGAAACCCGUUCAGCGCCGGCCCGAGUCAAAGCCUCUUGACAUCAUAGUAUCCGAAAAAGAGUUGAAGAAGAGAGAGAAAAAGGACUUACUUGCUGCGCAUGCCGUCGAGCAGGCCAAGCAGGACGCUCUGAAGGACGACCGCGACGCUUUCACUGUUGUCAUCGGUAGCCGUGCUUCCGUCCUUGAUGGCGAGGAUAGUGCUGAUGCUAAUGUGAAGGAUGUCACGAUUGAUAAUUUCUCUGUGUCUGCGAGGGGGAAGGAGCUCUUGAAGAAUGCUUCGGUUAAGAUUUCGCAUGGGAAGAGGUAUGGGUUGGUUGGACCCAAUGGGAUGGGCAAAUCUACACUGUUGAAGCUUCUUGCUUGGAGGAAGAUUCCGGUGCCAAAGAACAUCGAUGUGCUUUUGGUUGAACAGGAGGUUGUUGGUGAUGAGAGGACAGCGUUGGAAGCUGUUGUCUCGGCGAAUGAAGAGCUUGUGAGGCUCCGGCAGGAGGUUGCGUCUCUGCAGAAUUCGUCGGCUUCUGCUGGAGAUGAGGACAACGAUAACGAUGAUGAUGCAGGAGAGAAGCUGGCUGAGUUGUAUGAGAGGUUGCAGUUGUUGGGGUCUGAUGCGGCCGAGGCUCAGGCGUCUAAGAUUCUUGCUGGGUUGGGAUUCACCAAAGAUAUGCAGGGCAGGGCUACUCGGUCGUUUAGUGGUGGUUGGAGAAUGAGAAUUUCAUUGGCUAGGGCGCUAUUUGUGCAGCCGACCCUUCUGUUGCUUGAUGAACCUACCAACCAUCUUGACCUUCGAGCUGUUCUGUGGUUGGAGGAAUACUUGUGCCGGUGGAAGAAGACUCUUGUCGUGGUGUCGCACGAUCGGGAUUUUCUUAAUACUGUCUGUAAUGAGAUUAUCCAUCUUCAUGACUUAAAACUCCACUUUUACCGUGGAAAUUUUGAUGAUUUUGAAAGCGGGUAUGAGCAACGGCGCAAGGAGAUGAACAAGAAGUUCGAGAUCUAUGACAAACAGGUGAAGGCGGCGAAGAGAUCUGGUAAUCGGGUUCAGCAGGAGAAGGUCAAGGAUCGAGCCAAGUUCAAUGCUGCCAAGGAAGCCUCGAAGAAUAAGGCAAAAGGCAAAGUUGACGAGGACGAGACUCCUCCAGAGGCACCAAAGAAGUGGAGAGAUUACACUGUAGAAUUCCACUUUCCCGAGCCUACCGAACUCACCCCGCCUCUGUUGCAACUCAUUGAAGUCAGUUUUUGUUAUCCAAACAGGGAGGAUUUCAGGCUAUCGAAUGUUGAUGUGGGUAUUGAUAUGGGAACUCGUGUAGCUAUAGUGGGGCCUAAUGGAGCGGGGAAAUCGACUUUACUCAAUCUUCUUGCUGGUGAUUUAGUUCCGACUGAGGGAGAAGUAAGGAGGAGUCAAAAGCUUAGGAUUGGGAGAUAUUCACAGCAUUUUGUGGACCUGUUGACAAUGGAGGAAACCCCGGUUCAAUAUCUUCUCCGGCUUCAUCCUGAACAAGAAGGGCUUAGCAAACAGGAGGCUGUCCGUGCAAAGCUUGGGAAAUUUGGUCUUCCCAGUCAUAACCACCUUACCCCUAUUGCAAAAUUAUCAGGAGGCCAGAAAUCCCGAGUAGUUUUCACUUCAAUUUCCAUGUCAAAGCCCCACAUUUUGCUAUUGGAUGAGCCAACAAAUCAUUUAGACAUGCAGAGUAUUGAUGCACUGGCUGAUGCUCUGGAUGAGUUCACUGGUGGAGUUGUCUUGGUCAGUCAUGAUUCCAGGUUAAUAUCCCGGGUAUGCGAGGAUGAAGAGAAGAGUGAAAUCUGGAUAGUAGAAAAUGGCACUGUAAAGACUUUUCCUGGGACUUUUGAGGAGUACAAGGAGGAGCUUCAAAGAGAAAUCAAAGCAGAGGUCGAUGAGUGAGUUAAAGUUCAAGGCAUUGGCUAUUCUUUCUUUUGAUUUAUAAUAAGUGAGGUGAAUUUAAGAAAAUGUUCUUUGUUUCCCCUUUGUUAUUUGUGAGGAGUGUCUUUAUUGUUGCGGAGAUGUAGGAAAAACAAACCCUAUGCGUUAAUGUUUGGGUUUUUCUACUGAUAUGAAAAACGUCUUUAAAUAUGGAAUGAGUUUGAUUACUUGGUAUCCA